CGCUGGGCUUCAAUGUCUCGAUUUCUCGUCGGGCAACCACAACAUCCACCGUUCUUCCUUGCCGAGCCACCCAGUUGACAGGCACCGCAAACAAUGGGUCGUGGUACCAAGCUCAGGGAGAAGGUCAAGCAAAAGCUCUGGGGCUGGGCCCGGGACUCCGAUGGCAACACCAACCCAUCGGACAACGGGCCAGAGGAUCCGUCGAGCUCGGCGGCUGCGACGGCUGGCCCGAGCCACCAACCAGGGACUAAUCCCAGCCGGGAGCCCGCUCCAGGCAUAGAUGACUCGAUCGCUACCGCGACAGACUCGAAUCCACUGUCACAAUCUGUCCCAGUCCGCACACGAGCGAGUGACAAACCGAUCCGCGAGCUCUGGAAUUCAGCAUACGAAAACCUCCGGGAGGAAGAUGCGGACCUCGUCACGGACUAUGAAGCCAGGCUCUGCGGGAGUCUGACGGCUGGGUUUGAUUUGAUCCUCGGCCCCAAAGCCAACAGACGAGACCGGAUGGCGGCCAUUCUGAAGUACAAGAUGGACGAGGUUAACAGGGAUGUGUGGAAGCUGAAGUUCGGCAGCUCCGAAGUCCAGGUCAAAGAAGUUGUGGGGCCCGUAUUGAGCGCUGUCAACUCUGCAAAUGAGUACAUCACCGACGCCACGAGCUCGAACCCGUACGUCUCCAUAGCAUGGGCUGGCGUUAGUCUAUUGCUGCCGCUCCUCACGAACCCUGCCGAACAGGACGCUACCCUCGCAAAAGGGCUGGGGUAUAUCUCGACUAUCAUCGUCCGGAGCCGCAUAUGGGAAGAUCUCUACUUCCGGCGCUACGAGUCAACGGCUGGUCAACACGAGCUGUCUCUACCAUCACAUACCGAGUACAAGGAAGCAUUGGAAGAGCUGUAUUUCCAUAUCCUCAAGUUCCAAGCUAAGGCCUACUGCUACUAUUCGCAGUCGACAGCGCUUCGCCUGGGACGGGACAUGAUCAAAUGGGACGGAUGGGAUGAGCUGUUCAACGGGGUGGAAGAUCAGGUACGCGUCCUGACUGCCCUGCACGACGACUGGAGGGAUAAGAAGUACGACGAGGAGUGCGAGAAGCUCGAGACGCGACACCAGGAGAGCACACACAGCUUGCAAGCGAUCGGCGCGGAUCUGACCGGACUUCGGAAUGCGGUCGAACAAGCUCGGGCGGACGCGGAGCGCAGGAGACUCCUUGGAUGGCUCUGUGAUAGCGACCACACUGAGAUAUACAACGCCGCACGCGAUUUGCACAAGAGUGGCACUGGCGACUGGCUGGUUAAUGGCAGCGCGGAGUUCGAGAAAUGGAAGAAAUCUUCAGGCUCUCUGUUAUGGCUUCAUGGAAAGGCUGGUGCGGGGAAGUCAGUCCUAAGUUCGUCGGUAAUCCAGCACCUGAAGGACGAAUACGCAGCCGAGCCCGACGCCGCCAUCGCCUACUUCUUUUUUAGUUUUAGCGAUUCGAAGAAACAGAGCUUGUCCGUGAUGCUCGCGUCGCUUGUCAGGCAGCUCUGUGCCAGCAGGCCCGACACUCCUCUGCCGGUGAAGAGACUCGGCCAAUACAAGGACGGGGGUGGGCGCCCAGACACAAAGACCCUAGAGACCGCACUGCUGGCCACGACACGCGGGUUUUCUGCGGUUUUCGUCGUUAUUGACGCCCUGGACGAGUGCCCGACCUUGGGUAACGAACGGGCGAAGCUGCUGGACAGCCUCGGCCGUAUAACUUCCCCGAUGCCAGGCAAUCUCCACAUCAUUUGCACCAGCCGGCCGGAGCCAGACAUCAAGGCAGCGAUGGGCGCCUUCCUCUCCAGGUCACAUGGGGCGGCGAUAAACCUGACAACAAAUCAAUCGAAACACAACGGUGAUAUCGGUCUGUACAUCGAUACGAUGCUCGCAUCCGCCGACUACAACUCCUGGCCCCCCCACCUCAAAGCCAACGCGAAGGGCUUGUUGUUAGAGAAAGCGGACGGCAUGUUCCUAUACGUAUCUCGCCAGCUCGAAGCCCUCAGGGAUCUCGCUUCCAAGUCGGCCAUCCGUGCGGCGCUCAAAAACAUCCCUCCUGGGCUUGAUGCGACAUACGAUAGGAUUCUCCAAAGCCUAAACAAGGACUUCCGACCCCAGAUCAUAAGCGCGCUCAAAUGGCUCGCCUCAUCGAACGCGCCGCUCCGGCUCAACCAGCUCGCCGAGAUAUUCAUCCUCCGCCCAGAGUGUGCCAUCCCCGUAAAUGAUGCCGAGCGACUGUUCAAACCCGAAGCCUUCUUGAAAUAUGUAUCUGGCCUUGUUGUUGCCUACGAAUGGUUUAACGAAGCUGCCUGGAAAAUGGAAACUUGUGUACGGCUGGCUCAUUUUUCAGUAAAGGAGUACCUAACGUCUGCCCGGACUGCCGCGGAUCGGGCCAAGCGAUUCUACUCAUUCAGCGAGAUCGAAGCCCACCUGCACAUUGCGCACUCGUGCCUCUCAUACCACCUCUACCGCAGCACCCUGACUAAUGAUGAAGCCGAGCGCCUCAGCUUGAAAAGUUACGCGGCACGUCAAUGGGCGCAUCAUCUUGAAAUGGUGCCGCGCGAGGAUUGGCCGGCCGAGGUCAUCAACGCCGCUGCACGUGCCCUCGGCAUCCAGAGCAACAGCCUGCGCUUAAGCAUCGAAGGGUGCCGGUUCGGCCUUUACGGGAUGGUAAAAAUCGGCUACCGUUCCAUGUUGCAGCGACCGCAGCGCUUCACUGCCCAGCUUGGGUUUUUCCAGCUCACAAAUAUGCUGCUCUGUGAAAGCACCGGCAUCUCCAAGUACUUGACGCAGGAGGAAUUGGAUGCUGCCCUCCCGGAUGCGGCAUACCGAGGGAGCAAGGCUGCCGUCCAGCUCCUACUAGACAUGGGUGCCCUUGUCAACUAUGAGCACGAAGAAUUUGGAAGCGCAUUGUGUGCAGCAGCUAUGCGCGGACACGUCGAGAUUGUGGAACUCCUGCUCGGCUGUGGCGCUGACAUCAAUGCGCACUACGGUGAAAGGUCUGCUCUACAAGCCGCCGUAUCUUAUCAUCACCUCGAUCUAGUUCGACUGCUUGUCAGCCGCGGGGCCGAUCUGAAAUGGUCGGCUACCAACGAGGCGGAAUCCCUUCUGGUGUAUGCUGUGCGGGAUGCUCAUGGCUCCCACCCUACCCGAAUGCUGGAGUUUCUGCUCGAGAGCGGCGCCGACAUAAACGGGCAUGGCGGCAUCCGAGGGACUGCAUUACACGCAGCAGCAUCGGAUCUCGAGAACUGCGAAGCGAAUUUUCGGUUAUUGUUAGAUAGAGGCGCUGACGUCAACAUGCCAGGUGGCCGAUACGGCAACCCACUCCAAGCAGCUGUCUCCAACAUGGUCGUGACCGAGGCGGUUGAGCUCCUGCUGGACAAGGGCGCUGACGUCAAUGCCGAGGGUGGGGAAUUCGGCAGUGCACUGCAGGCUGCCUGCGCUGUUCCAUACUGGGAGAACGGCAUCAGUCUCAUCAAACUGUUGGUCGAGAGAGGCGCCAACGUCAAUGCACGAGGUGGGAAGUACGAGACCGCUCUGCAGGCAGCUUGCGCGAACUAUAUGCACGGCAAGAAACUCAUCCCGUAUUUACUGGAAAAGGGCGCCAAGGUGGACAUUCAAGGGGGGGAGUAUGGCAACGCCUUGCAAGCCGCAUGCCGACAUCAACGCAAAUGGGACACGAUCGAGCUGUUGGUAACGAGGGGUGCCGACGUCAACACCGCUGGAGGUAAAUGCGGAAAUGCAUUGUCUGCCGCCGCGAGGGGAUUUUGGCGCAACGGUAUCGAGUUCCUGCUUGGACAAGGCGCCGACGUCAACGCCAAGGGCGGCGAGUACGGGACCGCGCUCCAGGCGGCGUGCUUUUCGGGACGCCUCGAACCCGUGCGCCUUCUGAUCGACCGCGGUGCUGACGUCCAAGCCCGGGGCGGCCGCUUCGGCAGCGCCUGGCACGCGGCGGCGGCGGCGGCGGCGGCGGCGGCGGAGGAGGACGAGGACGAGGACGAGGACGAGGACGAGGACGAGGAGGAGGAGGAGGAGGAGGAGGAGGAGGACGAGGAGGACGAGGACGAGGAGGACGAGGAGGACGAGGACGAGGAGGACGAGGAGGACGAGGACGAGGAGGAGGAGGAAAACGACCCCCGGGAGGUGAUGGGGCUGCUUCUCGACCACGGCGGAUGCGACGUCAACGACACGGGGGGCGGGCGGUACGGCACCGCUCUGCAGGUGGCACUCGAAUUUGACUCUGAAGACCAGGCAUCCGAAUCCGACUCUGAAGACCAGGCACCCAAAUUUGACCCCGAAGACCAGGCAUCCGAAUCCGACUUUGAAGACCAGGCAUCCAAAUUUGACCCCGAAGACCAGGACCUCGACAGGAUGCGGUUUCUGCUGGACCACGGCGCCGACGCCAACCUCGGGGCUGGGAAAUACGGCACCCCGCUCCAGUCGGCGUGUGCGAAGCGCCGUCUGCGGGGCGCCAAGCUCCUUUUGGAAAGAUGUCCUGGCAUCAACGUGAAUGCGCAAGGGGGGAAAUUCGGCUCGGCGCUACAAGCAGCGGUGCACUCGGGCUGGCUAGAGCUGGUUGAGCUAUUGCUGGCCAAGGGAGCUGAUGCAAACGCACGAGGAGGUGUGUACGGCAGCGCGCUGAACGCGGCAGUUGUAAGGGGCUUCUGGCCUUCUGCCGAGAUGCUGCUCGAGCAUGGGGCAGAGCCCCUGCUUCCAGAGCUCGGCGAUGAGUGGCUCGCCGGGAUGCAGAAGAAGUACGGCCGUGGUGUUUCGGAGCGGUUGGACAAGUUUCGGGAGGUACAUGGGCAGGCUUGAUGCUUGGCUAGGAUGCCAGAAGGAUUCACUAUGUAUUAUUCAUUCCUGCGUCGACAAUGUUACCAAAAUCAUCAUAGCCCAGUUACCGACCCCCUUACACCUCCG